GGCGGCACCAGCACCCGUGUGCCAGGUGCUCAGAGCGAAUGCGAGACCGGAGGGGGAUUAUGUCACUCCUUCGAAGGAUGAAUUAAAUGUGCUUCCUCCCAUGUUUGACUGACAGCACCACCCAGGAGAGCGGAGCAUAUAAAGCAGCGGCUGCUGCCGGGCGGCCAGUGCGGUGCCGACCCCAGCUCGUCUGCAGGGAGGGCUGAGCCUCCUGCACGCCACAGACCUGGCCCUCUGGACUCGGCCCCCAGCACCGCCUCAGCCCUCGCCUCAGCCCUUGCCUCAGCAGCCUCACGUGCCAGGGUUCGGUGGUGGACAGCAGGAUGCUCUGGACGCUGGUGCUGCUCGCCCUCUGGGCCUUGUCUGGUGCGCAAGCUGGUGGCCAGGACGAAGACAUGGCCUUCGACCUUUUCAGCAUCAGCAACAUAAACAGGAAGACCAUCGGGGCCAAGCAGUUCCGGGGGCCGGACCCCAGUGUGCCUGCCUAUCGCUUUGUCCGCUUUGACUACAUUCCGCCGGUGAACGCAGAUUACCUCAGCAGGAUUGCCAAGACCAUGCGGCAAAAGGAGGGGUUCUUUCUCUCGGCCAGCCUGAAGCAGGACCCCAAGUCCCGGGGCACGCUCCUGGCUCUGGAGGGCCCCGGCACCUCCCAGAGGCAAUUCGAAAUGGUCUCCAACGGCCCAGCAGACACGCUGGACCUUACCUACUGGAUAGACGGCACCCAGCACGUCAUCUCCCUGGAGGACGUGGGCCUGGCUGACUCCCAGUGGAAGAACGUCACCGUGCAGGUGACCGGGGAGACCUACAGCUUGUACGUGGGCUGUGACCUGAUCGACAGCUUCACGCUGGACGAGCCUUUCUAUGAGCAGCUCCGGACAGAAAAGAGCAGGAUGUAUGUGGCCAAGGGCUCUUCGCGAGACAGUCACUUCAGGGGUUUGCUGCAGAAUGUCUACUUAGUGUUUGAAAAUUCAGUGGAAGAUGUUCUGAGCAAGAAAGGUUGUCAGCAAAGUCAGGGAGCUGAAGCCAAUGCCAUCAGUGAGACCACAGAGACUCUGCACCUGAGCCCGCAGGUGGCCCCCGAGUAUGCGGGUCCGGGCGCACACAGGAGGCCGGAGGUGUGUGAGCGCUCCUGUGAGGAGCUGGGCACCAUGAUCACCGAGCUGUCGGGGCUGCACGUCAUCGUCAAUGAGCUGCACGAGAACCUGCGGAAAGUGUCGAAGGAUAACCAGUUCCUCUGGGAGCUCAUCGGCGGCCCACCUAAGACGAGGAACAUGUCCGCUUGCUGGCAGGACGGCCGGUUCUUCGCGGAAAAUGAGACGUGGGUGGUGGACAGCUGCACCAAGUGCACCUGCAAGAAAUUUAAAACCGUUUGCCACCAAAUCACCUGCCCCCCGGCCCCCUGCGCCAGCCCAUCUUUUGUGGAAGGAGAGUGCUGUCCAUCCUGCUUGCGCUUGCUGGACAGUGACGAGGGCUGGUCCCCCUGGGCAGAGUGGACUGAGUGCUCCACCAGCUGUGGCUCGGGCACCCAGCAGAGAGGGCGGUCCUGUGACGUCACCAGCAACACCUGCUUGGGGCCGUCCAUCCAGACGCGGGCGUGCAGCCUGGGCAAGUGUGACAAUCGCAUCCGGCAGGACGGGGGCUGGAGCCACUGGUCGCCUUGGUCGUCCUGCUCAGCGACCUGCGGUGUCGGCAACAUCACACGCAUCCGGCUCUGCAACUCGCCGGUCCCCCAGAUGGGGGGCAAGAACUGCAAAGGGAGUGGCCGCGAGACGAAGGGCUGCCAGGGCGCCCCAUGUCCGAUCGACGGCCGGUGGAGCCCGUGGUCCCCGUGGUCAGCCUGCACCGUCACCUGUGCUGGCGGGAUCCGGGAGCGGACGCGUGUCUGCAACAGCCCCGCGCCGCAGCACGGGGGCAAGGACUGCGUGGGGGACGUCAAGGAGCAUCAGAUGUGCAAUAAGAGGAGCUGCCCUGUAGAUGGCUGCUUGUCCAACCCCUGCUUUCCCGGGGCCCAGUGCAGCAGCUUCCCCGACGGCUCCUGGUCCUGCGGGGCCUGCCCCGUGGGCUUCCUGGGCAAUGGCAUGCACUGUGAGGACCUGGAUGAGUGCACUGUGGUCACGGACGUCUGCUUCGCCACGAGCAAAGCCCACCGCUGCGUCAACACCAACCCAGGCUUCCACUGCCUGCCCUGCCCCCCUCGUUACAAAGGGACCCAGCCCUUUGGCGUCGGCCUGGAGGCGGCCAGGACCGAGAAGCAGGUGUGUGAACCUGAAAACCCGUGCAAGGACAAGACCCACGCCUGCCACAGGCACGCGGAAUGCAUCUACCUGGGGCAUUUCAGCGACCCCAUGUACAAGUGUGAGUGCCAGACGGGCUACGCGGGCGAUGGGCUCAUCUGUGGGGAGGACUCAGACCUGGACGGUUGGCCCAACAAGAACCUGGUCUGUGCCACCAACGCCACGUACCACUGCAUCAAGGACAAUUGCCCACUGCUGCCUAAUUCUGGGCAGGAAGACUUCGACAAGGACGGCACCGGGGAUGCCUGUGACGAAGAUGAUGACAAUGAUGGCGUGGACGAUGAGAAGGACAACUGUCAGCUUCUCUUCAACCCCCGCCAAUUCGACUACGACAAGGAUGAGGUCGGGGACCGCUGUGACAACUGCCCGUAUGUGCACAACCCUGCGCAGAUAGACACGGACAACAACGGCGAGGGGGACGCGUGCUCCGUGGACAUUGACGGAGAUGAUGUCUUCAACGAGCGGGACAACUGUCCCUACGUCUACAACACUGACCAGAGAGACACGGACGGGGACGGUGUGGGCGAUCACUGUGACAACUGCCCCCUGGUGCACAACCCUGACCAGACCGACGUGGACAAUGACCUCGUGGGAGACCAGUGUGACAACAAUGAGGACAUCGAUGAGGACGGCCACCAGAACAACCAGGACAACUGCCCCUACAUACCCAAUGCCAACCAGGCCGACCACGACCACGACGGCCAGGGCGACGCCUGUGACUCGGACGAUGACAAUGAUGGGGUCCCCGAUGACAGGGACAACUGCCGGCUGGUGUCCAACCCAGGCCAGGAGGACUCGGACGGGGACGGGCGUGGGGACGCUUGCAAGGACGACUUUGACAAUGACAGCAUCCCAGACAUCGAUGACGUGUGUCCCGAGAACAGCGCCAUCAGCGAAACUGACUUCAGGAAUUUCCAGAUGGUCCACCUGGAUCCCAAGGGCACCACUCAGAUCGACCCCAAUUGGGUCAUUCGCCAUCAAGGCAAGGAGCUGGUGCAGACGGCCAACUCGGACCCCGGCAUUGCUGUUGGCUUUGAUGAGUUUGGGUCUGUCGACUUCAGCGGCACAUUCUACGUGAACACCGACCGGGACGAUGACUACGCCGGCUUCGUGUUCGGCUACCAGUCCAGCAGCCGCUUCUACGUGGUGAUGUGGAAGCAGGUCACGCAGACCUACUGGGAGGACCAGCCCACCCGGGCCUACGGCUAUUCUGGCGUGUCCCUCAAGGUGGUGAACUCCACCACGGGGACCGGCGAGCACCUGAGGAACGCCCUGUGGCAUACUGGGAACACCGAGGGUCAGGUGCGUACAUUGUGGCAUGACCCCAAAAACAUCGGCUGGAAAGACUACACUGCUUACAGGUGGCAUCUGACCCACAGACCCAAGACGGGCUACAUAAGAGUCUUAGUGCAUGAAGGAAAGCAGGUCAUGGCGGACUCAGGACCAAUCUACGACCAAACCUACGCUGGCGGGCGGCUGGGUCUGUUUGUCUUCUCUCAAGAAAUGGUCUAUUUCUCGGACCUGAAAUAUGAAUGCAGAGAUGUCUAAGCAAGACUUGCUGUGCUUCCAGAGACGUACUGUAGACGCUGUUACCUAGACCCCACUGUGUGCUGGUGCUUCCAGCUUCUCUGUCUUUAGCAGCAGCUCCUGUCCUUGACCUUGACGUUGAGGGUCAUUCACCAUCAUCGACCCCGAGCCCAAGUGCCUUCAGAGGAUCAGUGUCGGUGGACAUCCAGCCCACUACAAGAAGGCAGCUUGAUGAUGCACGAGACUUUCUGUGCAGUGACAACUGAGCAUGGCAUUACAUCGUUUUUUAUCUUGUUUGUUUAAAAAGAAUGAAUGACGUUUACAUAAAAUGUAAUUACUUAUUGUAUUUAUGUGUAUAUGGAGUUGAAGGGAAUAUUGUGCGCAAGCCAUUAUCAUAAAUUAAGCAGGAAAAAUAUUGCUCCGCGACUUUCAGUGCUUGAAGCCAUUUCCGUUCCUGGGUUAGAGCUGUUCUACGCUAGCAGGGGUCCCGUUCUGUCGACCCCAGAGACGGGACCGCUGGAGUACGAAGUGCCCUGGGGGUAGAGAGGGCAGGAGACCAGUCACACGUGUGGGGAGCCAGCCCUCUAAUCGGCUCAUUAGCAAUAAUGACGAGAACAAAUGGAAGCCCCUUCCCCCACGCCCCUGCCCACUGCGUACUUGGCAGAGCUGUAACUGAGGGGGGCCCGCCUGCAAAGCGGCGCUAGCAUGCGUCCUGAUGUGGGCCCGGCAAAGCCUCCUGUAGGGCAGCUGACCACUCCAACCCCACAGGCUGGAGGGGACGCCUGCCGGCUGUCCCUUGAUUUUGCUUUCUCAUUGCCGGAUUCCUGCUCAAGCUUCCUUGCCAAUCUCUGCUACUGGAGAGCAGACCAGCAGACAAACACAUCCGCAAACGCACCUUAGCGUCUAAUUCUAUUCUAGGCUUUGAAACGAUGCCAAAGUGUCUUACCUAAUCUGGCAGCACUUUUCACCAAGGUUCCAGUUAAAAACUGUUUUGUUAAUAUUUAUUAAAUGACUGUAGAUGCAGUUUCAUUCACCAAUAACUUAUUUUAAAUAUGCCAAGUUACACAUGUCGCACAGUUACUCAGAAUAAACAUAUAACGCAUAUAUGAUAAUAUAAAGAUACAGUUACAACAAAAUACCUUCCUGUCAAGAUACAAGCUUUACAGUAGUAUGUUGUCAUGAUAAAGCACGCUAAAAAUGGAGGGGAAUAGGUCAGUGAUUGUGAAGAGUUUAUAAUGGAACCUUAAUUGAUACUGUUGCCAGUAACUGUAAUUCGGUCUUUUUUCCCAUUGCCUACCUGCUGUACAUAGGAUUUAAGACUUUGAAUGCUGAAGAAAAAUCAGCAUAAGCCUUGCCAGACACACCCAUUAAUCAGUCAUACAGUAAUAGACACAAGUUUGCGUGUGUUUGUUUUUUGCCUUAAAUUGCAUGAUCCUCCUACAGGAAAUAUUAAUCUCACUCCACUUAAGGGGUUUAAGAAGAGAAGUUUGUCUUGUCUGAGGCGGGCAAAUCUUUCUCCCCUUUCUGUUGAUGGUAAUCUCAUGUUUAUGUAAAGCAGAGAGGAUCCAUAACUUUUGUCUUAACUUGCACAUUUCAUUUGAUAAAGUUAUGUUUGUUGCUUCCUUUGAGGGUGAUUUUUUGUUUUGCUGCACUUUUCUGUAGAGCCGUGUCCCCAGGACAGCAGGGUGUGGGAGAUCGGACUAAAUGUAACGGUCGUGGAGACUGCGGAGGUUUCUGUGUUGGUGUCCCUUAGCCGAGCAACACAGUUCUGUGGGAUGAUGAUGUGAAUAUUUAGAAUGUACCAUAGUUUUUUUGGUAAAUUAUUUAUGUUUUUCUGAACAAGCUUCUCUUCCAGAUUGAUGAAACUUCAUUUGUUCUGCCAAAGACUGUAAAUACUUAUUUAUUUGUUCACAUGGUCAACAUUUCACCACUGAAACCCUGCAUUUAGCUAGAGCCUCAUUUUUAUACUUUAAGGAUUAAUAACAGGAAAUAAAUUGUACAAAGGUUUUC